GCGCUGAACGCACCACAGUCCGUACGGAAUUCUGUUUUGCUACAACCACCAGUGCUAGUUUGGCAGUCGAGGUGAAAUUGGCUCCUCUGCCAAUCUAAUGGAAGAGCGUCCCCUCGGGCCAGUGUCAUCAGUUCUAAGCAAAUCAAACAUUCGCCACAAACGCGACAAUUGCCGUAAACAACAAAUCUUGCUACUGCUAUUAUGCUGUUUAAACGGAUCAUCGAAGGAAAGUCGGUGUUGAACGAGGCGAAGGAUAGUAGGUCUCCCGAUAAAUGUUCUAGAAGGAAGUCGGAAUGCGUCGGUUGUGGGGAACAUUCCACUAUAUUGGAGGAGAUGUUGAAAAUGGGGAUCGUGCUGUGGGCUGGCGUGACAUUUGGUGCUCACGUCGCUCCAUACCCCCUAAAUCUAAUUCUGUCAACUGACAUAAGUCAUCCACCACCAAUGUAUGACUUCCCAUUUCCAAGCGCUCAAAUGUUGAAGAGAAUACCUCCGGUGACCGCAGCGCAUACAAAUAAGUCGAUCAACUUCAGUAAGCUAUCAAUUGCGAUGCUUGAACGUUUGGAAGAAAACUUAGACAUAGCAGGGAUAAAGCCAGUACCAGGUUCGGCGGCUCAGGGUCUUGCCAUUCAAGGCUAUCCCUCUGUUAAUGCAAUGAAGUAUGAAAAAUCGUCCAUGACAAUAACAAAGGCAUCGCAAAACCUGGUCUGGACAAGAUGUACAAGAUACGGCUUGGCGAAUGAUGAAUGUGCGAGCUUUAUAAGCACGUUGAACUUACGCGAAACGGAAUAUGGCAGUGAAUGCGCACAAUUGGAAAGGUUUACAUGCCGGACGAACAAAAUGUCUUCGAGGUACCGUACUUUCGAUGGCUCAUGUAACAAUCCUGUGAAAUCUUCCUGGGGGCAAGCGCUUACUGGGUAUAAACGCCUUUUGCAUCCAAGAUACUCUGAUGGCAUUGAGGAGCCUCGCCGUGCUCUUAGCCACAAGGAAUUGCCAUCGGCUCGUUUAGUGAGCACAGUAUUAGCGGACAACUUGGAUGUGCCUAAUAGCAAAAAUACAAUUGCCCUGCCUGUAUGGAGUCAAUUCAUUUUCCAUGACUUGGUGCAUACGCCUGUUCGUAGAACAAUUCACACGGACGAAGCCAUCCGUUGCUGUGAUGAUUCGGGAUAUAACCUGAGUCCUCGUUAUGUGCACCCGAGUUGUAUGCCUAUCUCAGUACCUGACCAGGAUCCUUUCUACAAGGAUAAAUAUGUUACUUGUAUGGACUACACACGUUCUGUCACAACCUUCCGCGGAGACUGCACAUUUGGCGCUGCUGAACAGAUGAAUCAAGCGACGCAUUUCAUGGAUGGCUCUCACAUCUACGGUUCAAACAGCCGUCAUGCAGCAGCUCUGCGUGAGAUGACCGGGGGCUUAUUGAAGACAUCUCUUAUUGAAAAUGAGGAACUGUUGCCUUUAGCUACAAACCCCACAGAGAAGUGUCUCGUUGAUAACAAGUCGAGUGCCUGCUUUAGCUCAGGUGACAUUCGUGCAAACAUGCAUCCUUGGCUAACUAGCCUUCAUUCCCUAUGGGUUAGAGAACACAAUCGUGUGGCCAGAACGUUGGAAUCUCUAAAUCCAGGAUGGAAUUCUGACAAGUUGUACCAUGAAGCGAGAAGAAUUGUUGUUGCAGAACUGCAACAUAUUACCUACAAGCAUUGGAUACCUGCACUCACGGGUAAGGAGUUUGAUGCGAUGUUCGACAGUUAUGACGUUGGUUACAACUCCGACAUCGACCCCACCAUCACCAACUCGUUCGCCACCGCCGGCUUCCACUUCCUGAAUAGUCUCCUCGACCAGGACAUCCAAGUGGUGGAUGAGAACAACAACGUGACCGCAUACCGCCUCAAGAACAGCUACUUCAAACCCGAACUGGUUGCUGAGAAGAAGGGCCUAGAGAAUAUACUCCGAGGAAUGGUUAAUCAGAAAAGCCAGAAAUUGGACUUCAACUAUGACGAUGAUCUCCGUCAUCAUUGGCUGGGUGGUUUGGAUGUGAUGGCAGUGGACAUACAACGCGGACGUGACCACGGUUUACCCGGAUACGCUCACUACCGUGCUUUGUGCGGAUUGCCUUUACCCACUACCUUCGCACAGCUUACUGAUGUCAUUUCCCAGGAGGUUGUCGACAAGUUAUCUGAAUUGUAUGAGCAUCCCAGUGACAUUGAUUUAGUCGUCGGCAUGAUGGCGGAAUAUCAUCUCGAUGGCUCUUUAUUGGGACCUACUGCUUUGUGUUUCUUUAAGGAGCAGUUAUGGCGAACACGCAAUGGUGACCGUUACUUCUACACUCAUACCAGUGAAGCGGGAAGUUUCUCAAAAAAACAACUUACGGAAUUGCGCCGCACUUCUUUGGCUAGGCUGCUUUGCGACAACACAGAUAUUAGUAGCGUGCAAAAAAACGUGUUCCAACCACCUUCUGAAAGUAACCGCAUGGUGUCUUGUGAAGAAAUCAAGAGAGUAAACCUGGCUGCGUGGCAAGACCCAUCCCAGCAACCAGACAUCCUAACACGCACUACCAAAUGGAUCAAGAAUAAAGUGGGCAGCGUUGGUAACUCCACUAAGUAGACUGUUAAGUAGUUCUAGGUACUGCGGUGCUGGAAAUAAAAUUGUAUAGUGACGAUGCAAAUGAUAAUAUUUAAAAUAGGUACUUCUUCAUAGUCGUUCUAUCUCAACAAACACCGUUUAACCUCGUGUUGCAGUAUUGUAGUCUAAUGACCAGUGAAUUGGUGUCAUGUGCAUUAAACUUAGUGUACGCGUAUCUGAUGUUCCGUGGUGUGCACUUAAUACAUGCACAAAAGCAAUGCCUACCCUAAAAUUUAUAAAAAACUCGUAUUAGAGGAGAAUUUUAGCUGUUUUUUGCAAUUUUCUUGCUGUAUGCAUAUUUUCUUGUAGUAUGGUGAGAAACCCAGUGCACGCCACUCCCAAACCUUAGCCAAGUGGUUUUCUUGAGAUAGAAGAACUAUAUCUACUCCACUUAGUUCAGAAAUGAAUGAGUUGUUGAUAACAUUUUUAUGAUUCUCGAUAAAAAAUGACGUAAAUUGAUAAACCAAGAACAUCGAAGAAUUCCAUAUUACACAACUUUUUUUAUAUAACGCACAGUUAUGAAUUUUAAAUAUUAGAUCGUAGAUACCACAUUCGUUUAAUUCUAAAACUACCUAUAUUAAAAAUAAAAUUAUAUAGUAUGCUCUGUGAAGCACCGCAGUUUCGUAAUCGAAAGUAGAGUGAUUCAGUAUUGUGGUUGAUGAGGUUUGAAUUUAUUUAGCAUUUAAGUUUUAUUAUAAAAGUUCAUCGCAUUUUGGGCCUGUCCAACAAUCCUUUUUAUUUUCACAAGUAAGGUUAAACCACUCUUGGUACAUACUCUAACUUGUACCAUUGUACUUUCAUUGUUUAUUAUUUCUUUCAAGGGUUUGCAAAUCUUCGCCAAAAUUUGUAGAUUUUUGAUAAAAACGACUUAUUGAUGACAUUUGAUAGGGUAUUAGAUUCGUCGUAUCAAUAAACCAGUUCCAGUUGUAUAACAUAUUAAAUCAAUGAAUUUAACCAUAAAUAUAUUUAAGGUUUCGAAUCGCGAAAAAUAAAUCCUUAUAAUUCGAAACCGCUAUUUUGUUAAAGUCUUACUCAGUACUUAAUUACCUUAGCAGCUUUUUUGACGUAAAAACGUCUUAAAGAUCGAUAAACGCUGGCUGCACCCAUUAAAAAGCGUGACUCAUUGUCACGUUCCGUGUUAGCCCAGCGUGCAAACGAAGCGAUCGAGAGGGACUAAGCGAUCGCCUCGCUAUCACGUAAAAUUACCGUUGGCAAACCGACUUUAUAGACAACCAAUUUUUUUUAAGUCCCCUGUAGGAAAUGCUCUCAAGCUUAUAUGAAAUUUUAUUAUAGUUCGAUGAAAUAAUAUUUGAACGGGCCUAAAAUGGGAUUUAGUGCGUAUUAAAUACGCAGGGACGCCAUGUUGUACAGUGGCUGUGAUAACGUGGAAUAGUCCACUGCAAUGACAGUAGUCGGACAUAAAGACGUGGUACAGAUCCUAAAGAUCCAUAUGUUAAAAGGUCUUUAGACUAGUAUGUUGCGAAUACACGUCUGCGGCUACAUUAAUGCAUUUCGAAGUUUGUAGAGCUUAGUGUUAAGACUUUAGUCGGAUUGUCCAUAAGAGGCACAAGAAAUUAUUGUUUAAGUAUUUUUAAAUUUAUAAUCUCAAAUCAUAGAAACAUAGACGUCUACGAAUUGAGAAAUAUUCGUUAAAGACAAUAAUGGAAUUAGAGGAGUAAGAAAAGGUUCCUAAAUGGUUGGUUCUAGUUUAUUUUAUAAAUUAUACCCAUAUAAAAUGCAAUCGAUCAAUAUGUUAAUAAUGUCAAUUAUUUACGGUCAUGUAAGUGGGCGCAUGAUCAAAACAGUUUUUUUUUUAAUUUUGUUAUCUCUUAAUUCUCUUAAAGUCUUACUUUUUCAAUAUUAUAAUCUAAAAAUUAAACUAUAAGUAUUGAGUAAUCAAGGUACUGCACAUUUUAAUGCGAGUUUUGUGUGUAGGGUACCAUCUUGCCAAAGACUGGAUUGAUCAAUUCUUAGCCAAUAAAAUUCUUAGGAUCACGUAUACUUAGCUAUAUUUUAAGUAUGCGUUAAAUAUCUAAUCGACUUAAUAGUUUUGGAAAGUCUUAAUACAUUUUUUAUAUACUUAUUUUCUACUAUUUUUACCGAUUUCAUGUAUUUAUUCAAACUCGUCGCAAUGUUGAUUAAUAAACAUCUUGUUUUUAUUUACUUUUUAUUAGAAAAGAGGCUUAAUAAUUUUAAUAAAAUUGUAUAUGUGCUACUUAUCAGCACUUUUUAUGAAUUGACUUCUAUAAUUUAUUUAUUAAAUCAUUAUUCUGUUUUCACGUACCUAUCGAGUUAAUCAGGGUAAGAUUUUUGUUUAAUUGUGUCAAUUAUUUUCUUUAAUAAAAAAAAUAUCGUCCUAAAUUACCGUUUUAUGAUCUGCUACCAAUGUUUAUAAUCGCUCGAUUUUAAUUUGUUCCUCAAUCUUUAAUUUCUUCUAGAUUUUCCCCGCGACUUCGUCCUCAAUUUCACAUAGUUUGCACACUGUAGACAGAUUAUACUAUUUAUCCCGGGAAACCAACUAUUUCCGCGGUAUUUAAAAACAACCGGAUAAAGUCGUGGGUAACACAGCUAUUUAAGAAUAAAUUAAUUUCAGACAGAUCUGUCUGGUUAAAUAAAGCUAAUUAAGUUUGAUGAUGCAGUCUAAGAUGGUAAUGGCUUAACCCGUUAGGGGUAUGGCAGUUAUAUUAAACCCAUAUCGCUAUGUGGCAAGUUGGUCGGUACAGUAAACCCACUCGACAAAAGAAAUUGUUUGAAUUUUUUCAAUUACUUAUUAAAAUGUUAGCUUCUGAUCUGUACCCAAGCGUUUUUUUUGUACUCUUAAUACGACGAUCAACGAUCCACAAUAGAUUACAUUUCCUAAAUACUAAUAGAAUUCUUGGAAGGCAUUCCAAAACGGUAAUAAGGUUGGUAAGCUCAUCCCGAUAAGAUUAUUUCCCUAUAACAUUCUACGUAUUAUUAUUCGAGGAUACAUACCAGAUGGAUAUUAAGCAUUUAGAAACCUUUAGACCUUAUGAGAGGUUCUCAUUUGUUCUGUUUGACUUAGUUUGGAAUUCCUUGACGUUAAAGCCUUUCACACCACCUGAUUCGACGCCGACUUGACACCACUCAAUUAAAAGCAUGGAAAAGUAAGUAAGUUUUUUUAUCAUGCGGCAUAAGGUAAGUUGUAAUAAAAACUGUGAAAAUAGUCGUAAGUACACGUCUUACCACCUAUUGGUAACACAUUGUCGACGAAGCGUUGCCAACUAGGGGACCGUAGGUGCGACCGUGUUCUGUAGUGAGACGAGAAUAGGUAGAAGAUGAUGACUAUUUCAUACCUACGACAGAACGGCGCCAAAACAUGCUGUAGCGUCACAUUUUAAUAAUUUUAGUUACCACCUUCUAUUGCUAGUUAAUUAUUCUACUUUGCCAAAAGAAAUCGCACAUUAAAUUUAAUUUUGGAGAAAGUUCUUAUAAGUUUUUACGUACCUACAUAAAUUACGUUCCAAAUUAAUCUGCUUUAGCAUCGGAUUUUGUAGGACUUGCUUUAUUAAAUAGCACAUGUUUUUCAUAGGCGUUAAUUAAUCAAAAGGUUAAAUAGGUAAGUACCUAUUAAAAGUUCUCCUUUGAUGAACUUUACGAUAAGUAAGAGCUAUGGGUUCAAAAACCAAUUUCAAUAAGGCUGCCUUUCCACAACAUUUGUAAGAAUCCUUAGUCAGGGAGUUGUGAAUAAAAUCACUUCGAUUUUAUACCAGUAGAUAGCUUAUUGAAAAUUCAAAGUAAGAAAUCAUAAAUUAUUCUCUACUUUAUAGUUCAUAGUUUAUUUAUGAUUUAAUUCAGACCAAAUAAAUAUGAAAACCUG